AUGGCGGGUCGAAGAUUGAUGACGGGGGCAGAUGUAGCCGAGUUAUUGGCUGAUUCAGACUCUGAUUUAGACAUAAAUGGACAAUCUGAUGAUGAAUCAAACGUUGAGGAGGACUCAGAUCAUGAUUCUAUUGUGAGUGGGGGUGCAGACAGCCAAGAUGAUCGUGCUGACGCGACAGAUCUUGAUGAUUCUGAUAGUGGUGAUAGUGCCGCAGGGCGCCAACCACCUGCUCCCCAGGUUGCUGCACGUGGUCGUGUCGCUAUGCGGCGUGCUAGGGGAGUAGCUAGAGGCAGAGGCAGAGGAAGGGGCAGGGCGCCUGCUAGGCCUAAUCUUGCUGCCCAGAGAGCCAAUUAUGUUUGGGGUCCAGCUGAUACGAAGCCCCAACUCCAGGCAUUUACAAAACGAAUAGGCCCUACCGCUGCAGUUGAUGUUGAGGACGCCUGGGAUGUCUUUCGUCUGUUUCUACCCAAUGACAUUAUUGAAAUAAUAGUAGCAGAGACAAACCGUUAUGCUGAUCAGUAUUUCGCACAGACAGUCAUUUCUCCACAUGCAAGGGCUAAGAGAUGGAGGGGAGUCACAGUUGAGGAAAUGGAAAAGUUUCUGGGGCUUGUUAUCCUAACUGGUAUUAUUAGCAAGCCGUUGCUUAGAUAUUACUGGUCAACUAACAAGAUAUUGGCCACUCCAUUCUUCAGUGAGGCCAUGCCUAGGAACAGAUUUGAACUUAAUAUUCUGAAGUUUCUGCAUUUCAAUGAUAACAAUGCCAAAGCUCCAGACAAUACUAACAAGUUGUACAAAAUAAGACCAGUCUACGAUCUCAUGGUUGCGAAAUGGCGUGAUCUGUAUGAUCCAGGCGAGUUCAUCUCAAUUGAUGAGGGUACCCUCAAGUGGAGGGGAAGAUUAUCAUUCCGUGUGUACAACAAGGACAAACCAACGAAGUAUGGGAUAAAAGGAUACAUUCUAUGUGAUUCUGACAUUGCAUACUGCUGGAACCUAGACUUGUAUCACGGCCAGGGAAACACACUUCGUGAAACUGUUAUUGGUCUCAUGGACAGACUGCUGAAUAAUCCUUACUCCCUGUACAUGGACAAUCUGUAUAACUCUGUGGAGCUUAGUGAGGAGUUGUUGAAUACCUACCAGGUUCAUACUUGUGGCACAUUGAGGAAGAACAGAGGGGAGCCUGUAGAGAUUCGUCAAGUCGGUGACAGGGGUCACAUCAUCCCAAGAUUUGAUACUGUGUCAAGGAGCAAUGGAACUGUCAUGGUAUUGGCUUGGCAGGACAAAAGGACUGUGAGAAUGGUCAGUACUAAGCAUGAUAAGAGUACUGUGGAGGUUGAGAGAUUCAAGAAGGGGGGUCAUGGUGAAAAGGAAAAGAUCCAGAAGCCUGUUUGCAUCACUGAGUAUAACGCGAACAUGUCCGGUGUUGACAACCUUGACCAAAUGCUCAGCUAUUACCCCUUCACAAGGAAGACUGUCAAGUGGCAUAGGAAAGUAGUGUUUUAUCUGAUAGAAGUAGCACUGCACAAUGCUUUCAUUGUCCAUAAGCUCAGGCAUGAUCAACCAGAAAAAACUCUUCUGGACUUUCACUUGGCGAUUGUCAAGAAAUUGUGUAAGGUUGUUGAUAAAAAUGAUGAUUCUGAUGAUGAUUCUGGGGAUGAGGACCCCACCCAACCUCCUGCAAGGGUCCCCAAACAUGAUCCCAGGGAAAG